CCGAUUACCACCGAACAUUUUACAGAAGUCGUCGGAGAAGAUCGGACUGGUAUCCUAAUCUCAAAAUGGCGGAUGCAUGCAAGAAAAAAGAUACUGAUUGCCAUGAGGACCAUGAGGACUGCAAAACGGUUGACAUUUUUGAGGCCUCACAAUGCGGGUUAGUGAACAAUAUUAUUAUUAUUAUUAUUAUCUUCUUGAUUCUUUUUUCUUUCUGACAGAAAUUUUGAUCUUCUAGUGGGAUUGGUGAUAUGUAAGCUAAAUUCUGAAUGUUCCUUGUAAGCUUGUAAGAUCAGCGUUUAGACAAAAUUUUUCGUAUAAAUCUUACAGUUUCCUGACUACCAUUCUUAGUCUUAUUCCUUUAGUAUCGGUCCCUUCACUCUCAAAUGUCGGGAGUGCAGCUGGUCAGUUUGAUCCGUUUGUUGAUUGCUGUCUAUAUUCCAUUUUUUAAAAUUUAUUUCCACAUAAAAGACAUAUUCCUGUUAAAAAUGUUAUAAAAUCAUUUUCAUUAAUCUUAAAUUUAUUGAUGUGAACAUGAGCAAGGAGUAAGGGAAGGAUCGUUGAAGUUUAAUACUGGCUUGAAUUAAAAUAAUGUAAGUUACCGGUAUCUAUAUGAAACAGGUGUUCUUUAAUUCUACCUUUUAGUCUCCCUUUCAUGAUCGUAGUCUCGGCCCCAGUUGUUCAGAAGGUAGAUAACGUAAUCCAGUGGUUUCAGUGGAUGACGCAGUUGGUUUUCCUAAGGUCUCUCCAUUGGAUAGUGAUUUUAAAUGUAUCUGUUAGAUAGCACUAUCAAUUUGAACAACUGGGACCUGGGGGUUUACAAUAUUUUUUGGUCUAAAAGAGGGUCAGGAUUUGGAAAACCAGGUGGCACACCCCCACCAAGAACUCCCAGGGGUACCCCCCCCCUGGUGGGGGCAGAUAACACCCUCUGAGAUCUGCAUUGGGAGUACACCUGUACCCCUAUGGUUUCCAUAUCAAUAUUGGUCAAGAUAUGAGAUUAUUAUUUUACUAGUGCAGUAUAUUUAUAAAGUUAACAAUUUUUUAGAAUUUUGUUUCAUACCACUUACCUAUGACUGCUUUUGUUUUUUGGGACUUCACAGGGAUACCAAGAUGUGCAGAGAGCUUGUUGGCCAGCAUGGCGUAAAAAUUCUAAACACGUUCGACAGCCAUGGACAUACCCCUUUACACUGGGCAGCCCUAGGGGGAUACAGUGAAUUGAUUAAGUUUUUUUUGAAUUGCGGAGUUGAUGUAAACAGACAAAGUCGAUCUGAUUAUGGACCAUUCCCUAUUCACUGGGCGUGCGUUAAUGGACAUAUCUUGUGUGUGGAUCUUCUUAUUCAAAAUGGUGCAUCAAUAGACUGUACAGACAACAAAGGUUGUACACCACUUAUUAUUUCGGCUCAGUAUGGCAAGGCAAUGCUGGCUGGAUACCUUAUAGGAAAAGGUGCAAAGAGUUUUUUCACAGAUCAUGAGGGAGAUAAUGCUUUACAUUGGGCAUGUUUUAAAGGUGAGCACUUUUCAACAUUUUUGGACAUAGAAUGAAUUCUAGCCUGCGCCACAGACAAAUCUUAACUCUGGUUGAGUUCGUGUGCACAACAGCACUGAAAUCCUUGUUCUGGGCCCCAUCUCAGUGUACCAGGAUUUUAAUACAUGCCAUCAGUGGCCUGUAAAAAAAAAAAACAUUUUGGAUUUGCGAACCAAGAUGAAAGACAAUUUUAAAAAAACUUCCUGCAAUCUGUUGAGUCUGUAGGGGGCUCAGAACAAAGAUGUCAGCACUGCAUCGUAGACAUUACUGAUCGGGGUUUGAUUGGACAUCUGCAACACAGGCUAAAUGAAUUCUUGAGACAAAAAAUGUGGUGUUCACAUUUGAGUCUGUAGGAGACCUUGGAAGCAACCAUUCAUAGGCAAAAUCUCUCAGAAAUAAACAUUAAUCUUUCAGUAUUUUGUGAAACUCAUUAACAGUAGAUAAGUAUGGGGAAGGUGCUUGUAAAACUGUUGAAAUCGUGUACUGCAGACUAGCACAUUGGGCAACCAUUUAAAUCCUGAAAAUUGAAAGUAAAUUGUUCAUAAAUAAGCAUUAUUGGCAUCUUUCAUCAUCCAGGGUGCAUUUCCACUUAACACUGAUUGUAAGGGUACACAAUAAUUUUCAGUGGUGAAUCAGGGUGUCCUCACCAUCCCUCCCUCCCCCCCGCAACCUUACCCCCUAUCUAAAUAGGCCCUUAGUAGUGUUUUGUGGUACAUGCACCUGGCUUUACUGCAAAAGGAACAGAUUCUACAUCAUAUAGCUGGUAGAUGAAAAUUUGUGCUAAAUUUCAGCUCUUAAUUGUAUGUAUUCUAUUCAAUCAGUAGCUUGUUCAAAUUUCCACGCAGUUUAGGGUUAAAGGGAAAUGUGUGAAAGGCGAGAAAGGUGGGAAUUAUUACCAAGGAAAGAUACUUCUCAACCAUAUAAAAGUUUGGACCCCCUUAUCACAAAUUCCCAGAUCUGCAACUGAUUACGUGUUAACUGAAGUCAAGGGCAAGUUUGUAGCCCUAGCACUGUAAAAGUACAUAUCUGUAUAUCUUAUUAGGAUGAAACCUCUCUUGACAGGCCAUAGUGAAGUUGUGCAGUUAUUGCUGUAUUCUGGGUUUGAUCCGAAGCAGAAAGAUAGGUUUGGGCAGGUUUGUUGUAAAACUGUACUGUGUAAUAAUUUUGCUUUAUGUUAAUUGAGUAGUGUGCUCAAGAUUUCAUUGUAGCAGAUAUUCUCAAAGUGAUUUACUGCAUACAUUACUAUAUAUUACUAGAUUCAUUUAACUAUUUUUUGCUGAUUGUCAUAAAUCCUCAUAUCAUACACAGCCUUAUUCAAUAAGUUCAAAUAUGCCGGUACAUUUUUCUUCUAGGUGAAAAUACAGGAAAUAUUGCCCACUCUCCUGGCUUUCCUAUUCUCCUACUCUAAAUUACAUGACAAUGUCAUAGCUUGAGCUUUCUCACCUCAUAUUAAGUGUGCACAUUAUCACUUAAUAUUGAAAUAUGUCACAAAACAGCAGAAAUUGUUUAUGGUCCCAGCUUUGUAAUAACUUAUUACAUGAAAUUUUUGUGACAUAUUAAUUUCGUGAUCUUUAGUAAGACGCUAUUUAUUGAACUUAUCUUUGAAGCAAAUAGAACAACUUCAUUUACAAUAACGUCAAAAUUUGUAACAAGAGCUGCAGCGACGGGUCUAUAUAAAAACAGUAACAACAAAGUUCUAACAAUUUCCACAAGAAUUUUAAGCUUGUUCGUUAGUUUUAGUCAAUUGACCAUGAUCUCCAUGGCCGUUUGUGUAAAUUUGUCCCUUCAUCAUUAUUAGCUAUUAUUGAUAUAUUGCUAUUCACUUAAUUUUCGCAUCAUGUUUUGUAUUCAUGACACUUAUUGUUCACGUCACUUUAAUUUCGUGAUUUUAAAAUAAUCGUGAAAUUCGUGGAAUUAAAGUGUCGCGAAAAUUUCAUGUUUUAAGGUACAGUUGAACCUCAAUGUGCAACCAUCUCACUUAAGUAACCAUGUCUCAUAAGUAACCUAUCAAAAACACUAAAACUUUCCCAGUUAAAUCCCUAUAAUAAAUUAAAACCUCUUGUAAACAAUCACCUCUUAUAAGCGACUGUGACCGAUGGCCCGACGUUUUUGUUUUCCAUUGUUUUUAACCUCUUGCGAGCAACUACUUGAUGCGUUAUAUGGCCUCUGUUCACUGUAUGUACUUCACUUCUCAGAUUAUAACAACAGAUUGAGAGAUUUGUAGUGUAUUAAAAUAGAUAUUUAGGUUGUUUAUGUUUGUAUUUGUAUUUGUAUUUUAUUUUUUACUCCAUCCUAUAAUACAUUAGCUGUACAAUAAUACAAUAGUUGUACAAUAUUAAUAAUACAUUAGUUGUACAAUAUCAAUUGGUAGUAUACUGGAAGUAUACGUAUUAGACAUCCCACAAUGCCAUGCAUGCUUGGUUGCAAGUGUUAAGUGCAGACCAGAGAAGCGUGUUUGAUGUAUGUUUGGUUUUUGUUGAAAUCUUGUAGCAUUGUAGUGAUAAAGCAUUGAAUGAAAUUUAACAAGAUUGACAGUGAUCUGUCACUUUUAUGGCUAAAGGCAAACGUGAGUUUGUACCACGUGACCAAGUUUUCCCUUUACUUUUCUUUGACUGUUAGUUACUUCUGUAAAAAAGAUAAAAGUUUCAUGCCAGUUUUGUUCAUAAGAGUUGUUUUGGAGUAUUUUUAUCUGCUUUAUGUGCUAUUUUUAAAAAUUCUCAACUUGAAUCUGACUUUUGCCAUUAGCCGUAAGCGUGACUCUAAAUCUCUCUGAUGACAACAUGGAACUAUACUUGUACCCAUAACUUAGAAAUUGCAUGCAAUAAAUUAUUUUCCAAAAAAGAGAUGUUUCAGGGCCUCCCUCUUAAUUCUUGCAAGUGACCACCUCUUCAGGAGAAGCCACCAGUAAAUCUUCAAAUUUAGGGUGGUCGCUUAUGGAUGGUUUGACUGCAUUAUUGAUGUCCAUAUUUUGUAUUUGUUAUAUUUUUGGUACAGACACCUCUUCAUCUGGCAUGUCUUAGUGGGGACCUAACCACGGUUGAACAUAUAGUUGAUAUGGUAGGCACUGAAUACUUACUUCAGCUUCAUGGUCCUCAAAUAAAACCUGUACGUGUCAUUCUGAGGCAUCCUUUUUUUUAAUACUCUUGGCAAUUAAAAAUCUUUUGAAACGGUUGCGUGGGGUGCUUGCUAGUUUACACAAACCACCUAGGGGGAAAUCUUGUGCACAAAUUACAAAAAUCUAUAGAAUUUGAUUUGGUGGGAGAACUAUAUAUAUAUAAGUAUAUCCAAAUCAGCUAAACAGACUGACAAGAGUAGAAGAGUUUCAUUGCAUCAAAUCACAACCCAUAUUAUUUCUGAAGCUUCCCAAAUGUAAUGGCAUGAACCAUUUGAUUUUCCAAUUGAAAUUUCCUGUUUUUCCAGGUAAAUGGUAAGUAUCCGUGUUAUCUUUAUGGAGAAGUGAGAUUUUUUGUGUCAAUUCAGGGUUUGACAAAAGUCCCAUUCAGUCAGCUGGGACAAGUAGAAUUCUCUGCCUGGCAAGUUACUUUCUCUACUCAAUUUUGUGAUGGGAAAGGGCCUGGGUAGUUGUCUUCACAUACUAAAGUAAGCUUAGACAAGCAGUCAGCUGCCUUUGGUAAGCAAUUCACACUCUUGGGAUGUUCAUACUGGGUUCUGCCAUCAUUAGAGUGUUUUAGAUCCGAGUUUACCGCGAACCUCUAACCGCUGGAGGUCACGUGACAAGUCUUUCGAGUCACCUUUGAGGUUUAUGACAUGCGUUUUCAAUGUCGGGAGAUAGGUUUUCACGUAUGUCAUUUACCUGAAAGCUUUUAGCGCAUAAUUCUUGUUUUAUCCCAUGUAAUGAUACAAAAAUCUUGUGGAGCAAGUCUUUAUCCAUUAACAGAGGCACAAAUUUAGGCGAAAUGCUAAAUUUGAUAAAUCCUAUUGGAUCUUGAAAACAAGUGCCAUUCAUGGCUCCUGAUUCAAAAUGGCGGCUGUGAAAUUGCAAGAAGAACUAAUGUAAGAAUUUACAGCUCUUUGCUGCUAGUUAACCCAGUGUUACCGUAAAUUUCUUUUAUUUUCACUGAUUGAUUAUUCUUCUAUUUCUAAAUGGAAAGAUAAACCAGAAUCCACUUCUUUAAUCCACCGCCAAUCUAAAUCAAAUUAUGUUUGAACGUCGAACCGCAAACGGGUAACCGCAAACCGCGGUUAGAGGUUCACGGUAAACUCGGAUCUAAAACUCUCUAUUGUCUCAUGCUACUUGUAAUUUUUAAGUAAUGGAUAUCAAAGUUACACAUUCUUUUCCAUCAUUCAUCUUUCCAAAUAUAUAUACUUUUUCCAUUACUUCUCAUAUUCACUUAUGUGCUCUCUGUGUACAUUUUUUUCUAGGAUGUAGCAUUAGAUGCGGUUGACAGUAAUAGCAAAACUCCUUUGCGACUGGCGAUGGGGAGAGAAUACCAAGAAAUUGUAUAUUUUCUACAAGGAAAACUCAACCGUUUUGUAUCCUGUAAAUUGAGGUGUGCUUCUUUUGUUGUUAGUAUUGUUAGUUAUGGACUGGAGACAUAACUGCUGGAGCAGAAUCAUACAAGCAUGCACUAAUUUAAAUUAUUAUAUGGCUACAAUAGUUUGCAUGCUCUGAUCGGCUGUUUUCUUGUAACGACCAGCCAGGUGUCCAAGAUGUAUAAAAUCUGUGUUUAACUUGAUAGUGGAUAUCUUUAUGGACAUCCAUGUUAUGGUCAAUUGACAGCUGUCAAAAAGGUCAUCUGCUGACCAGUGUCAUCUGACUGUAUGGCAGGCUUAAGUGUACAACUCACUGAGGUGACAUGUUUGUUCAAGUUAUCCCCUGGCCAGUUGUUGGUUUUAAUUGAUCACAGGCUCAGGUCCAUAAUAAAAAGGCCAUAUAAUAAUAUUAUUAUUAAUAACUUAUUAACCUCAUCUGUUCAGCCAUUACAGGGAAAUCUCAGACCUCAGCCUUGAUGUACUGACCUAUCACUAUCGUUAUCGCACGGUCAAUACAUCAAGGCCUCGGUCUGAUAUUUCCUUGUAAUGACCUCACUCUAUUAUGUGGUAAAAGAUGUCAGUUAGGUCAAGCAUAAGGGACAUCUUAUCAAAACUGUCUCGACAUUCCAAGUGUUUCCUGAUACAGCUUAUCCUUUUUUUGAUGGAACGGUGAUGAGAGCACUAAGUGCCCUCCAAUGUGGGCUAGGCUCAAAUCCUGUGGGCGGGACCACAAUGUGCAGGAGAUUUUGUUGUUAACUCUCAUCCUUGCUCCAACAAAUUCUCUCUAGGUACUCUAGGCUGCAAUUUUUCCUAAAAAUUGUUUUUCAAUGCCCGAAUAGCCUGUGUACAGCCACCCCCUCCCCUACAAAAAAUCCCUCUUCCCAAUUGCUUUUGAGGGGAGGUGGCAGCUGUACGCAGGCUAGGCCUGUAGAACUGUCAUGAGACUUUUAUGUGAAGUGCACAACCUUAACAUGCCCAUAGGGCACGUGAUGAAAAAGCAAAAGAAAAUUUUUGUCUCUUCCCAGUCUCACACUCUGUUUUCACCCUAACUCUAGGACUUUCGUAUGCCCGCUCUUGACUUACGCAAAAAACAGGUUAUCCUCUUCUCAAAAACCAACAUAAUUUCAACAUUCCACUUUGAUCAGAGAGAUGGAUACUGGUAGACAAAAAAACCACUAACUUGAUGUGCAACAACUAAAUUAUUGUUUAUUAGUUAUUUUAUUUAAUGUUAGUUUUUUGAAUAUAUUUAUCUAUCUAUUCUUUGCUCACAAUAUCCAGGGACAUUGUAUUUGGCCCGCCUGGGAGAUCGAAGGCAGCAAUCUUAUUCUACUUUUGUAACCUGUUUCUCUGGGGUUAUCCUGUUUAUUUCUACUGGGUGAGUAUUUUUAAUUUUUUUAUAUUUUUACAACCAUGGAGAAGAAUUUUCACUGUACCUAAAUCUAAUAAAUACGAGUAUAUUACCGUAAUCAGUGAUAUCAUCACAAUUAUAAAGAUGAGGUUUAUUUGUAAGAAGUCACUUUUACAAAAGUGAAUUGAAAAACAGUUAAGAAUACUAAGAAAAGUUACCAGGCUGGAGUAUGCAUCUGGGCGUUAAAAAUUUAUAUACAGCGUCAUCACUAUUUUCAUUACACGUAUUAGGAAUGCGAGAGAGAAUGAAUGCAAUGAGAAUGUGAUGUAGUUUUAGUGACAACAUGAAACUACACAUAUCGUAACAUAGAAAUUGCAUGCAAUGAAUUCUCUUCCAAAAUAUAGUUGCCCGGUCCUCUUUUAGUAAGGGACCUUCUAUAUCACUAAAUCUUCACAUUUCAGAUAGUGGAGAGUAGCGCGAAAUCGUGAGUAAAGGAAAAAUGCGGACGAACUAAAGGAUAAAACCGUUUUCCAAAACGAGCGUCGACGAACUAAGGCCCCACCCCGUGAAUUUUUUUUUUUUUUUAACUCCCCAAAGUUUUUCCUGGGUUUCGUCAUUCAGUAGGAAUUGGUCGGAUUUUAACUUGGAAACAAUGAAAACUCUGACCGAUUUUUAAAACGGUGGAAACCGGGUGGUCGACUAUAGAACGCCGGGAACAGGCGACAUUUUGGGUAGUGGUCGAUUAAUGUAUUUAGAUUUUUCGUAAAAAAAUAUACCAUUUGUUUUAAUAUUCACAGGUUUUGCCAGAGACGUGGAGUUACACACCUUCCGCUCAUUAUCUGUUUAUCACUUUCAAUGUUUUUAUGUGGAUGUCACUGUAUUAUGCCAACUCGAGAAAUCCGGGCUUUAUCCCGUGUAACAGUCCAGAUUACGAUAUGGCGUUAAAGCAAGUACGUAUGCCAUUUCUAACCAUAAUUGGUUUGGAGUGUUUGGAGCACGUUUUUCUGAAGAGUUAGUUAAUACCACAUGAAGUGUAGAUUUUGUAUCUGUUAAUGUGCGUGACAUAAGCUAGUCUCUAGUCCCCCACACAGCCGUUUUUGUCUCGUCACGCAACGCUCCUCCCCAAGAAGUGUGUGACGAGACAAAAACGGCUGCGUGGGUGACUAGCUAGUCUCGUACAGUAACCUUUUUUCGUCUUGUACAGCGCCUUGUUUUGUGUCGUCGCGUAUCGCAGUCUGAGCGUUGCGUGACGACCCAAAAAAACAGUACCUUGGGUGUGAAAGGUUUUUUUCUUUCCGUCUCGAGAGCUUUAGCAAACCGUUAGCAUGGUUUAUUUCAUCCUAGGUAUUUUGAGAACGGACCUCUGGAAACAGGGUAAAAAAUAUCAGCUGCGUUCGAGAAUAAACUUAAGCCCAUAAAAUGGCAUUUUCCCUUUUUUGGGGGGGGGAAUCGCUUUUAUGUGUCGUUUAUUAAGAUUUUUUGUGUUCAACUUCAUCUGUAAGAACGAGCUUGUUUUGCGUUCCGUUUCUUCUAUUGACAAGUGUAAUUCUUGUACCCAGGUUCCGUUCUUUGAAGAGUGGCAGGUGAAGACUGGACAAAACCCUCUGGAAAAUCUCUGUCACACGUGUAGACUGGUGCGACCCCUGCGCGCAAAGCAUUGUAGGAUAUGUAACCGAUGUGUGAAGCAUUUUGACCAUCACUGUCCCUACAUAAAUAACUGCGUUGGUCUCUAUAACAGGUAUACAGUGUGUGUUUUCUCGGUUGGGUGAAGGGGGUGGGGGAGGAUGUGAGAAGCUUUACCUAAAUGAAAAACCGUGCGGUUUGCAGAAGAGGAAAAUAUUACAUGUACCGUAUUUAUUCGAAUAGGCGCCCAACCUCGAAUAAGCGCCCAUCCUAAAGGCAGAAAAAGUUAAUAAGCGCGCCACCCCCACCCCACCCUACCUCCCUCCCACUCGAACUCAAACUCAAAUAAGCGCCCACCCCCUUCCCCCUACCACCCAAAAAAAGGAAUAAGUACUAAUAAGAAACUUCCCCGAAGACGGAGUUUUCUUCAGAGUGUUUUGCAGAAACCUUGCUUUCUUACAUCUUCGCGUUUUGUUAUUGCCAUUUACUGUUUUGUUGCAAAAUAUACAUACUAUACUUGUUGAAAAGGGUGAAAAUUUUAUAAGCGCCCACUCUCAAGGUCCAAAAAUUUAGUAAGCGCCCAGGGCGGUUAAUCGAAUAAAUACGGUUUUUUUUUUUUCUUUUUUUCAAUAUGAACAGUUAAAAGAAGGCAAAAAAGCUCAGUCUUGCCUGUAUCCAGAACUCGUGUGCAGAAAAAAACGGUAUAUUUUGAGGGGAGUGGAGGUGAUGGGCGAACAGGCGGGCACUAAGCGCGAUUUUUGCAUAGAACGCGCCCUUCCUGUCUCAUAGCUCCUCGAACUCCACGCUUUACGUUCACCAAUGAAACGCUUUAAAAGAACGCCUGUUCUGCGGGCCAGUCGAGCGUUUGUGAUAAAAACCACGUCCAAAUCCAGCUGUUUCAGCAAAGAGACUCAAUUCAAGUGAGAGUAAUGGGACAAAAAGGAAAUCUUAGAGCUUUGGCCGGGAUGUGUGAAUUUCACAAAAGUUAUUUUUAGAUGUUGGAAUUAAACGGAAGUCUAAUUCCUGGGACUUCUGCACAUUUAUAGUCGAUUGUUUGAAACGUUGUCAAGUCCACGCGCGAUUGCCUUAAAGCAAACAUGCAGAAUAUUAUAAUGGCGACUGUUGAAUUCUCUCUUGACAACAUUGAAUGAAGGUUUGCGGGCCUCUUCGGAAAAUAACUUCCGAUUAAUUUCAAGCGUUUAAUUGGUCUAAAAAUAACUUUGGUGAAAUUCACAUAUACCAAGGGCUAGACUGGGAGUUACCCUCUCUGUCUCAUGAAAAUAGCAACGGAAAAAAAGAAACAUGAGAGUUUUGCGGCUGAAAGCCGCUUCUUUUCUUUCCUCUUUUCAUGAUAUGUUCAUUAUAGUUGAUCCUAAUCCAUUUGAGCUCAUUAAUUUAAUGCUCAAGAUGUUGUGAAGAUAUAAGUCAGUAUGAAUGUAACAAGAUGAAAGUGUACUACAGAUGAUAUUUGUUGACCUUGCAGUGACGUUAACAAUAAAACCAGCGUAAUGUGUGUUCUUUUCAGAGGGCCGUUCUUGAUAUUUGUAGCGUGCGUGGCAGCUUGUAGUAUAAUGACGAUCUACUUUGCCAUCAUAUUGCUUCGUUUGGGUGGAUUCAGCUGGAUAUAUAGUAUUGGAUUGCUUCAAUUUAUUGUGGUGUCCGCACUCAUGUCAGCUCUGUUUAUCUUUAUUGUGAGUAAAACCCUUUUGUUGUUGAUACAUAAAUAGCUCCAUUUAGUCACUCUUGGUUUCCUGUUAGCCACGCCUAUAAGAUGUCCCCGUUCCCCGCCGUCCUAAGUUUUGCAAACGCUGGUCGCUCUGAUAAAGGUCUGUGUAUGUUUUAAACAGCAGAUAACAGGAUGUGCCGUUGACUCUUCCAUCAGAAACCUGUCUAAGCCAGAGUGUCGUAACAAUUAAAAUUAUGCAAAUUUUCGUUGAAUGGUAAAAAUAAAUGGAAGAUAAAUGGUUCAGUGAAAGAAUAAAGACGUAAGACAUUUGUUUUCGCAGAAGAAAGAAAUACUUGCGUCAUUUUCCAAAAAAAAAAGAAGAAGAAGAAGAAUUGUGUCGCUCGAGCAAUGUCAAACAAAAUUUCAUUUUAUGGAUAAGGUGUUAUUUCCUGUUUUCUCACUGCCCAACAAUGAUUUUCUUUUUGACAGGUAAAUCAAAUUUCUAUCAACCUUACUACAAACGAAAGAAUCAACAAGAAGCGAUAUGUGUACCUCAGAGGACCAUCCGGAAUAUUUCUUAAUCCUUUUGACAGGGGCUGUCUUAAGAACUGGCUAGAGUAUUUUCAUUGGGUUGAACCUUAUGACAAGAAACCCAACCUUAUGUACAAUGUCUGAAGUAUCAUAUUAGGAUCAACUGGAAUGUGGCUUUGCAUGAUAACUUAAUUGCUCCGUGCCUAGUGUACUCUCGUAAUGCGAGGGAGUCUCGCAAGGGACGCGCGAGAAAUCCCAUCAUGAGUUGCCAGUGAGAACGAAAACGGAAAGACUGGAAACGACUCAGCCGCUGCAAGAACUGAAAUGUUUCUCAAUUGAAAUUGUCCGCAAGGAUGCUAGCUUUUAAGUCUCUUUUUACUUCUCUCUUUUCGUAUCACCUUAGCGCUGGGCCUUUAAACUAAUUUAUUGCUUCAAGCGUCAGUGCUUAAUCGCCAUCUCUUUUAUGUGAAGAAGGAUUUCAUCAUAUUCACCCACUAUUCAGUGUUGCGUCUACUGUACACACUCCUCACGCGGAUGGAAGAAUUCAGUUGAGAGCUCUUUUUUAAGGAAACAUUAAAAAUGAAUUUUCAGUUUUGGAAUUAGGCCUUCCAGUCAUGGUCAAGUGGAAAUUGUAAUUGUUUAACGCCUCAAUCUAAUCACCUGUGUCUCCUGAUAUGGAUUGCGGGAGAUUUGCGUCAAAUUCCUGCGCGCCUUAAUUGUUUGGUUAUAAAAAUGACCAUGAUCAAGAAGACAAGAUUAUUUUACCAUGGGAAUUAGUGUUAUGAAAGGAGGUUAAAUCUCCUUUUGAUAGGCGUUUCUGAGUAAGUUAACAUUCAGUCUUUCAAGGCCACUUGUGCAGUUCAUAUUUACAAAAAUGAAGAGUAAACGUGACCAAGACACAGUUAAUUUCAGUAUAGAAAACAAUUUGCUAUAGAGUAAAAAGUCGGUCACUAUGCUGUCCACUUCAUCUGCCUUUGCUGGGUACAAUACUGUAUUUUUUAGGUACGUUUUAGAAAAUAGGC